AGGGCCCGGCUCGGGGAGGAGCUCCCACUCGCCUCUAUUUAGGGCGGGUGGGGGAGUGCGGGCCAGACCUACCUGGUGCAGCUUUUAGCCUCCUGGAUUUCUCGCCGGCCCGCUGUCCCUUAAUCCUGCCUGCCUGCCACACCCACACCCCCGCCACUCAGGUAGCCUCAUGGCUGCAACCUGUGAGAUUAGCAACGUCUUCAGCAACUACUUCAGUACUAUGUACAGCCCGGAGGAACCUGCCCUGGCUUCUGUUCCCGCUGCGGCCACCUUUGGGGCUGAGGACCUGGUGCUGACCCUGAGCAACCCCCAGAUGCCACUGGAGGGCCCAGAGAAGGCCAGCUGGUCGGGGAAGCAGCCGCAGUUCUGGUCAAAGGCCCAGGUUCUGGACUGGAUCAGCUACCAGGUGGAGAAGAACAAAUACGACGCCAGUUCCAUUGACUUCUCACGGUGCGACAUGGACGGGGCCACGCUCUGCAACUGUGCCCCCGAGGAGCUGCGUCUGGUCUUUGGGCCCCUGGGGGACCAACUCUACUCCCAGCUGUGGGACCUCACUUCCAGCUUUCCCGAUGAACUCAGCUGGAUCAUUGAGUUGCUGGAGAAGGACAGCAUGGCCUUCCAGGAGACGCUGGGCCCCUUGGACCAGGGAAGCCCCUUCAGCCAAGAGGUGCUUGAGGAGGGCCGGCAGGCCAGCCCCUACUUCCCCGGCAGCUACGGCACCACCGGGGCCCCCUCCCCCGGCAGCUCCGAUGUCUCCACUGCAGGGACUGGUACUUCCCAGAGCCCCCACUCCUCAGACUCCGGUGGAAGUGAUGUGGAUCUGGAUCUCACCGACAGCAAACUCUUCUCCAGGGACGGCUUUCCUGACUAUAAGAAGGGGGAUCCUAAGCACGGGAAGCGGAAACGGGGUCGGCCCCGAAAGCUGAGCAAAGAGUCUCGGGAGUGUCUGGAGGGCAAGAGGAGCAAGCACGCCCCCAGAGGCACCCACCUGUGGGAGUUUAUCCGGGACAUCCUCCUCCACCCGGAACUCAAUGAAGGUCUCAUGAAGUGGGAGAACCGGCAAGAGGGUGUCUUCAAGUUCCUGCGAUCAGAGGCCGUGGCCCAGCUUUGGGGCCAGAAGAAGAGGAACAACAGCAUGACUUACGAGAAGCUGAGCAGAGCCAUGAGGUACUACUACAAACGGGAGAUCCUAGAGCGGGUGGAUGGCCGGCGGCUGGUCUACAAGUUUGGCAAAAACUCUAGUGGCUGGAAGGAGGAAGAAGUUGCCGGGAGUCGGAACUGAGGGUCGGAACGAGACCCAGGACCAAACGCAAGGACUUGAGGCCUGCGGCCCCUCCCGGGAAGACCCGCAGGUCCCAGCAUCUGGGCAAUGCUCCGGCUGUGCUGCGGAGAGAAGCUGUGAGGCUCUGGUAUCCUGUCAGCCACCGUCCUCGGAUCCGGGGCUUGCGGCCUCUCCUCUCUGCCCUCUUCUUGGAAUUACAAGCCCGGGGGUUUGAGGUGACUCGUCUUGCUGACUUGUCCGCAAGUGUAGCUUCUUUUACCUGGUGCCUCCUCAGACCCAACCCAGACACCGGCUACGGACAGCACCUUCCUCCUCCAGAUGCCCGGACUGAGCCGAGGAGGCCAAGGGAAGCACCAGGAGUGCUGUGUGAGGGGACAGGACGGGGUCCUCCUGAACCUGCUUUCUGGACUGCCUUCCACCUCCGUGCUUGGACUCUGCAGGCAGGGGUCAGAGCACUCCCUAAUUUAUGUGCUAUAAAUACGUCAGAUGUACAUAGAGAUCUAUUUUUUCUAAGACAUUCCCCUCCCCGCUCCUCUCCCACCACGUGUUAGUGGCCAGACUGACUGACUGUUUCGGCCCUUGGCCGGGCCGAUGAGGGGCCGGGAGAUGCCGGGCCCCUGAGGAUGGGGCUCCUGGCUCCUUUUUCCUGUGAAUGGAGGUAGAGACCUCCAAUAAAGUGUCUUCUGGGCUUUUUCUAA